GCACCAUUUCAAGAUGGAUUCCAAUGUAGAAGAAAUUCGCUCAAAAAUUAUUCUAGAAGAACAUGCUGUUGUUAACAGUCACAGCACCAGCUAUCCUGGCUCUUAUGUCGGAUAUGAUGACAGUUGGAGUUUCAAAAAGUUCAAGGAGGACCUGCGUAUUGAGAUCAUAAGAAUGACUGAUGAGCAGAUGGAGUUUGACAUGAUAGGAGUAGACGCUGCUAUUGCUAAUGCAUUCAGAAGAAUUCUACUCUCAGAGGUGCCAACAAUGGCGAUUGAGAAGGUAUCUGUGUACAAUAACACAUCUAUCAUACAAGAUGAGGUGCUUGCACACAGACUUGGGCUCAUCCCUAUCUUUGCAGACCCAAGACUGUUUGAAUACAGGGCAGAAGGAGACACAGAUGGUUCAGCAGAUGACACCAUAGAGUUUCAACUAAAGGUGAAAUGUACCUGGAACCUGUCAGCCUCCAAAGAUUCAACAGACCCUGAUGAGCUUUAUAAGGACCACAAAGUCUAUACAAGCCACAUGAAAUGGAUACCCAUAGGUCAACAGACUGAAAUGUUCAAGGAAGGAGAUAUAAAGCCUGUGUUAGAUGAUAUUCUGAUAGCCAAGCUACGGCCAGGCCAGGAGCUUGACCUACGAUUACACUGUGUUAAAGGCAUAGGCAAGGACCAUUCCAAGUUCUCUCCCGUUGCCACAGCAUCCUACAGAUUACUACCUGAUAUAGAGUUAAAGGGACCUGUUCAGGGUAAACUGGCCACCAAGCUACAGAGCUGCUUCCCCAAAGGUGUCAUAGAGAUAGAUGAUAUCAAUGGUGUCUCCCAAGCUAGAGUUGCUAAUACCAGAUUGGAUACCUGUAGUAGAGAAGUUCUUAGACAUGAAGACCUCAAAGAUCUUGUAAAAUUGUCAAGAUUCAGAGAUCACUUUAUAUUUUCUGUUGAAUCCACAGGGGCCUUACCACCUGAUGUGCUGGUCAGUGAAGCUAUACAAAUCCUCAUGUCAAAAUGUAGACUUUUUAUACAAGAACUUGAUGAUUCAGGGAAUGAACCCACAUAGCUUACAAAAGUAUUUUGGAUUAAAAUUUUUCAUCCUUGGGCAGUUAUUCCAGAAGGUAUCAUCACUUUCCAUGGUUGUCAUGGUGUCAAAAUAGACAGAGUACAGAGUAUAAUAAAUUCAAGUCAAUGUAGUAAUGGAUCCACAUGACCAUGCAACUAGCUAUUGGAUUAACACUCAACUGGAUAAAGAUGGAUAAAGGAGGUAUAGGUCUAAUCAUUUCCAUAGGCAGUUUGGCAAUGAGGAUAUUUUAUUAUAGAGUAUAUGCAGGGAGCAGACCUAUAUUUUACUCAUAGAAUUGGAAAUAUUUGACUGAUGCAUGCCAUGUUUACACUAUUUACCAAACAUUCUUGUUUACAACACAUUUUUGAGAAGUCAUCUAUGAACACUAUAUUAUAAUAAUAACAACAUGACUAUAUGAACAGGAAGCAUGUGAAGACAUGUUAAAAUCAACAAACAUCAUCUUUUGUAAUUACAUUAUAAACUUUAUUUUCAAUAAAACAAGAUAACCUAAUAGUGUUUUUCCAAUUUUGAUCUUGGUCACAUUACAUGACGAUAUAGCAGUACAGUCUGUAAUACAAUGUAAAAUGCUGACUCUUAAGAUAUUAUGUAAUGUUUAUCACAGUUCAAGGCAUCUUACAUUGUACUACAAACAGCAUUGCGCAGAAAUGCGAAACCCUUAAUCUCAGCUAUUAACGGUAUUUAGGCUGAUAAUUAUAUGAAGUUUUUUGAAACAUAUCAGGAAAAAUUUAAUUACAUAUUCUAUUUAAUUUUACAGUAUUAUGAACUUUGUUCACCCAAGAAUUAACCCAAUACAACAAAUGCAAGUUUGAUUCAAUAAUAAGUACUUCUCUUAGUUACGUGUAUACGCAAAAUACUUCCAUAUUGUACAUAUUAUGUUCACUUAAUUUCAUAUCUCACUUCAGUUUAUAACAAAAUACUGAUCUGUAAAAUUAAAAUAUAAACUAUCAACCUCUUAAAAUUGUAGUUGUUUCAGCUGAAGUGAACAAAAUAAAAGCAUUUGCCAGAGAUAUUUUGUAUUCUAUGUUUUGAGAAUGCCAUUGUUUAUUAACUGAUAUUCUACAAAAUAAAAUGGAUCAUCUCAACAGUUCUGUACUAAAUUCUACAAGUAAUCCAUUUUGUAAACUCCUAGACCAACAACUAAACAUUUU